CUGAAACUAUUGGAUAUUUGCAUUCUACUGUUUCCAAUAUAGUGAAGUGUUGGUUCAAAAAUCAUAUAGUACAUUAUAGUUUUCAUAAAGCAAAACGUGCAGUAUGAGCCUCCGGUGUAAAAAUAACAGUAUGAUGUAAAUUAAAAUGCAAUUAGGGGAGAAGAAAGUUAAACGCUGUAACUAAGAAGUUGUGUAAGAAAGGGUUUGGCCUAACAACACCUCACAAUAAUAAAUAAUAUACAGUCUUUUUGCUGAGUCAUGAUGAGUGAUAGGAGUAUAAUAUUUGGUUUCUCUGUGCAGGUUAUAUUAUUGUGAGGUUCAGUGAAGUUUCUUCGUAGUGUAUUUUAGUACUGAUGUAUUAAUGUUGUAGAACUAUAUGUAUUAUAGUAGUUUAUUGAAUGGCCAUAACUUUUCUGUUAAAUCGUCAGAUUUUAACGAAACAGCUGAAUUCAGUUCCAGCGCAUGCUCAGUAACAACCAAAGAGCUCGGCCAAUCCUGUGCGCGCAACAGUACAGCCAUAUUUGCAUCAGAUGCGUAUAAAUUUGAGCAUCCGGCCCUCUCUCCUGUCAUUCUUUUGAGAAACUCCAGAGAAAGAAAUCAUGCCUGAGUCUGCCAAGAUAGCAAAGAAGGGCUCCAAGAAAGCCGUGUCUAAAGCCACCAAGACCGGCAAGAAGAGGAGAAAGUCCAGGAAGGAGAGCUACGCCAUCUACGUGUACAAGGUGAUGAAGCAGGUGCACCCCGACACCGGCAUCUCCUCCAAGGCCAUGGGCAUCAUGAACUGCUUCGUGAGCGACAUCUUCGAGCGCAUCGCCGGGGAGGCCUCCCGUCUGGCUCACUACAACAAGCGCUCCACCAUCACCUCCAGGGAGAUCCAGACCGCAGUCCGCCUGCUGCUGCCCGGAGAGCUGGCCAAGCACGCCGUGUCCGAGGGCACCAAGGCUGUGACCAAGUACACCAGCUCCAAGUAAACCCGACAGACCCACAAACACAAUGGCUCUUUUAAGAGCCACCCACUUCAUCUGAGUGCUUUCCUUUGAAUUACCUUGUCUAAUAGAUGUGUUUUCAACCACCAUGUUCACAUGCCCCUACUCCUGGCUUAUAUUCUCCUUGUGUGUAUCCAUCCUGACGUGUUCUUUGUGUCACUGUUGCUGCUUAAACUCCUAUUUACUAUGUCCCCAUAGUGGUCAAUAAAGGUGCAUUUUAUCUUA